AUGAAGGAAUAUAUCGCAAGGGUUAUACAGAACGAGUAUGGCCCGGAAAGACUAAAGGGACUCUUAGAUCUAAAGACACAGGACAUCCAAGAGAGACUUAAGCAAGGCGAGGACGUCAAGUCCACCAUCUUUCACGGUCUCUUGGACGAUUUAGUGGCUCUAAUAUCCUCAAAAAAUGCGGAAAAUGUGCAUAGAGGAUGUCUGAUUCUUGGCUUUGUCACGGGAAUAGAAUCAAUGCGUGAGUCCUGCGGUCAAAAGCGGGAUGACCACUCACUAUCAUUCUUUGAAGGUGCUGUUGGUGCAAUUUUGGGGGCUCUGGAUGCGUUCAAGGAAUCGGGGCUCUCGGUGAUGCAUAGACUGUGGGAAGUGCUAGAAGUCGUUGUCCUGUUUUUAACCGGUCCAUCUGCGGCUGGAAAGGCUCCCGGUCCUGCCAAAAUCAACGGAGUAGCCACGAGCAGCUCCACAAGUUCGACCGGAACUAAUCGCGCAAAUAAACGUCUAAUGACCACGAUUUUCAGCUCCAUUAGCAAGUUCAAUGAGGACUCUGAAGGCGUUUUAUUGCUGGUUAUGCAGUGGCUGCUCUCCACCAGGACGUUUGAUUCCAAGAGGAAUGAGGAUGUAGUCUAUGUCGCACAGCUCAAUAGGCUUCACAUGGCGUUAAAAGAUGGGAUUAGCAGAGGUGGAUCAUUGCUAAUUCUGGAAAACUUGAGUAAACUGGCAAAGCGUAAUGAGACUGUGAUUCCACUCUUUGUAUCCGCGCGCAUUAAAUACAUGAACGAUGAAAUAAACACUGGAGGGGAUGCAGUCCCGUUUAGACUUGAGAGGACGCUGGAGCUAUUGACGCUCCUCCUAGAAAAGAGCAGCUCCAGUGGAGGCAUACUAGUGCCACUAAAUGAGCUCUGGAAGGUACUCCAUCGGGUUUUGGCGUUUGGAAACCAUCGUAAUUUGGUAAAGAAGACAAUGGAGCUCAUAUCCGUCCUCGGCCAUUACAUGGGAACUGACUUACUCUUGGUCAAUAUCUCAUUUGUGGCCAGUCUACUUAAUACUCACUUUAGGUUUGUUGUAUGUUAUCUAAAGAAUGUUUCUAGGACUGAAGAUGACGUUGCGCUCUAUGGAAACUUUGUCGCAGAGACGGUUGCUGAUCUCAGGACAAUUUGCCCAGAUUUGCAUCUUGCGCUGGAUCCGCUCUAUAAAUCCUCAAGGUCCAUAGUACAAGAUUUUUCAAAGGAUCAAGAUGCAAAUUUAGACGCAUUGAUAAAUGCAAUAAGCAUACAAAGUACCCUAGUCGGCUCAUCGGUUGGUGCUCAAGUCGAAGCUUUAAUCGCAAAUGUUGUCAAGUAUCCUCUAGAAGAAAAUCGCAAUUUUGUUGAAUCUGUUUUAUCCCUUGUAGAAAAUCACCUCAGUACCUGUAAGUUUACUCUGGUCCACGCACAGCAUUCUGCAGGUUGCUCAAACCAUCCCGCAUUUCUCCGCGAAGUUUUGCAUGUCCUGUUGAAAUGGGAAGAAGCAGCUCCUCGUUACACAAACAAGAGCUUGAGUUCUAUAAUAAAGACGAUCAAGAAACGUCUAAAUACUGUAGGUGAUUCCGUAUCCUCUGAGCCAAACUUUGAGGAAUAUGCGAAAAUCCUCAAAGAACACUUUGACCGAGAGAUGGCUGCGUUCAGGGCAGAGCCACUUUCUUCUAUUCCAAACGCUAAAGUGGAGAGCCCCGUUGUGGACACUGUGCAAAAGAUGGGAGAAGAGGAUAAAGAGCCCAGUGUAACGGGAAAACAGGAACAGGCUGGAGAAAUGAGCAAACAGGACGAACUAGAAGUGGAGAGGAUUAAACAGAACCUUAAAAGAAUGAGGAAUUUUAAAGUCUAA